AUGAUGCAAAAGAAAUAUAAUGAUCGUAUCAAGUUACAAAGUGAAGAAGCAGAAGCGGCACCGCCGGGCAGUGAGAUUUUACACAGUAUGUUUUGGGUUCCGGCAGCCUUACAAGGUCUUAUGCGCGGCACAUUUGUUCACCACGUAAUAGUUGACAACAUUGCUCCUGCUGAUACAGCUAUCUCUAAUAUUCUUGGUGGCUCUGUCAAGCUUUUCACUACCAGGUGUGUUUUAGCAGAGCUGAAAAGACCUGGGAAAUCUUAUGAUGAAUCUCUUGAGGCAGCUAAGCUGCUUAUGAUGGCAAGGUGUGAUCAUGAAAAGAUAAAGAGUGCAGCGGGUUGCAUUCUGGAGAUUAUUCGAGAAAAAAUCCCCGACCACUUUUUUGUUGGUUCUCAGGAGACUGACAUGUUGAAGAAGUUUCACGAGGCAUCGUCUGGUCUUGUCCAUACUAUUCUUGUCCAGAAACGCCAUAUCCGAGCAGAAGCACCAGGGCAUUCUUGCAGAUAA